UCGCUCUCUCUCUUGCUCUCUCUGUCUACAUGCUUUCCCUCUCUGUUUCUUUCUCUCUCUUUCUUUCUUUUACUCUAUGCCUCAGUCUUCCAAACUCAUGAUUUAUUGGUGCAUGGACCGUUUAAACUAUGACUUUUGGAUUUUGGAGACUACAAAGUCAAACUUGAAAAACAACAUUGCGUAACUUUUUCUGUAACUUUCUUUCCAUACAACCACUGCCAGCCUUUUCCUUUGCUGUGGCGAAUGGUGAGCCAACACUUGGAGAUACACUUGUUUCUAUGGUAACACGUGGUUUCCGGCAACUCUAAAGGUCGCUCGUUAAUUUGAAAUUUGAACAACCUCAGCAUACCCUACAAUUAACCAAUGAGCGGUCAGACCAGUAACGGGGGCGUUGGCCUCUCCCCUCCCCGGUCUAACCAGCGAACGCUAAUGAACGACUUCAUGGUGACCUUUAGUUCUCCCGUGGCGUGGGUGCUGGUGGUGGCGCUCGUCAUCACCUGGUCAGGAGUGGCCAUAGUUGUCUUCGACCUGCUGGAUUACAAGACGCUGGCAGAGCUCACAUCAUACUGUGACGACCCCGUGUGUUUAUAUCCUGGUCUGUCCCCUGCGCCCUCCGUGGUCAGAAAGGCUUUGAAGACAAGAGGUGCCAUUCGUGCCGGAAAGUCAAUGGCUGCCAGAGCUGCUGCUGAAGUUGUCGCUGAGGAGGAGACCAGUUGGUUGGGGCUCGCGUUCUCGUUCGCAGCCAACCUAGUGGCCCCUGAGGAGGAGGAAGGUAUUCACCAGCUAACCGAAUCCAUCACACCUUUCCACUCCGAGGAGUUCUGAAGGUGGGAGGAACGCAGUCGGCAGAGAGAAUAAAAGAGUGCGCAGAGUCGGGAGAGGCGAAAGACGAGGUGGAGGAAGAUGAAAGAGGCGAAGACAACAGUAUGUUUGAUUUGUAAACAAUGAAACAGGCGGGAAAAGGUGGCACACGUCAGCGUGGUUUCAAAUGAUGCAAUCGUUCCUGUUUCACGCUCGUGAAAAAUAAAACAAAAACCCGAAAAUGUCCCUUCUCAUUU